AUGGAGGAAAUGAAACGCACAGACAGCUGCACCAAGGAGAAGGCGCUGCAGAAGUGGCUCGCCGAUGCCGAGGAGUCCAGCUCCAGUGCCAGCGAGUACAAGAUCGCCAACCAGGACACCUCGAGACACGACUCGGACGUGGCGCUCGAUAUCAGCAACGCCAAGGACAUGCUGCGGAGGAUCUCGAGCGAGCGGUCGCCCUCCAUGUCGAUGUCCGCGCACAACACUUCCAAGAGCAGCAACACGCACUUCCAGUACGCCUCGACCGCGUACGGCGUGCGGUUGCUGAGCAGGGACAUCUCCAACACGAAGGUGGAGCUCGACGUACAGAACCUGAUGAUCGUCACCAAGCUGAACGACAUCUCGCUGUACUUCCUGACUCGUGAGCUGGUGGAAUGGCUGCUGGUGCACUUCCCACAGGUCACUGUCUAUGUGGACAAGGAGCUAGAGCACAACGACAAGUUUGCCGCACAGGAGCUCGCAAAGGACAGCAAGUGCAGACAGUCGCGUAUCAAGUACUGGACUAAGGAGUUCAUCGACGAGAACGACGUCUUCUUCGACCUGGUGAUUACGUUGGGCGGUGACGGUACAGUGCUGUUCGUCUCAUCCUUGUUCCAGAGACAUGUGCCACCUGUGAUGUCUUUCUCCCUGGGGUCCCUCGGUUUCCUAACCAACUUCAAAUUCGAAGACUUCAGGACAGACUUGACAAAGAUUCUGAACUCUAAAGUAAAGACUAACUUAAGAAUGAGGUUGGAAUGUAAAGUCUACCGCAGACACGAACCAGAGGUUGAUCCCGAAACCGGUAAGAAGAUCUGCGUGGUCGAACACAUCGAUACCCACCACAUAUUGAACGAGGUCACCAUAGAUCGUGGCCCUUCGCCAUUUAUCUCCAUGUUGGAGCUUUAUGGGGACGGCAACCUGAUGACUGUGGCCCAGGCUGAUGGUCUGAUCAUCGCCACCCCUACUGGUUCUACAGCUUAUUCAUUGAGUGCCGGUGGGUCCCUGAUUUACCCAACAGUGAACGCCAUUGCAGUCACGCCUAUCUGCCCACAUACAUUGAGCUUCAGGCCUAUCAUAUUACCUGACAGUAUGACACUGAAGGUUAAAGUAUCCCUGAAGGCCAGGGGUACUGCCUGGGCUGGUUUCGACGGUAAGGACCGUUGCGAGUUGAAGCAAGGUGAUUUCAUCACCAUUUCUGCCAGUCCUUACGUGUUCCCAACUGUUGAGUCCUCUCCAAUUGAGUUCAUUAACUCCAUCAGCAGAACCAUGAACUGGAACGUCAGAGAGCAACAGAAAUCUUUCACUCACAUCUUAUCUCAAAAGAACAAGGAGAAGUACAACACUGAGAAAGUACGUGAAUCUAAGGCUAAGAGUGAAGAGGAAGAAAUUGAGGAAAGGAAGUUGUCCAGUAGUGCAUUUGAUAUGUCAUCGUUGAAAGAGGCAGUGAAAGAAGAGGCAAAGGAGGACGAGGGCGACGACGAGGACGAGACCGCAGACCGCUGUCUGUUGAAGAAGACAAGCGGGUCUAAAUAG